AUGUCAACAGCAUUUUCAGUCGCUCCCUAUCGCCAAGUUCGUGCCUAUUACAAUGACACCACUAUAACAGUAUACCAAGCCUACAAAGAAUCCAUUGCUAAAGCUGCUGUAGAUGCGCAGAAGCUCAAUGCAUCCCCAGAUUUCAAAUCAGGUCGAAUGACAUGGAUCAAGCCUAGUUGGGCAUGGAUGAUGUACCGCGCCGGAUACUCUUACAAAGACCCUGGCCAAUCCCGCAUCUUGGCUUUGCGAAUGAAACACGAGCACUUCAUCGCCCUCCUUGAGCGAGGUGUGCUAUCUAACCACACUCAUAAGCUCAACCCUGGCGAGAAGCGUGAGAAGACGGUUGAUGUGAGAAUUCAGUGGGAUCCUGAGAGGACAGCGAAGCUGGAGGUACUGCCGUAUAGGAGUAUUCAGAUUGGCAUUCCAGGAGCUUUGAGCGAGCAGUGGGCGAAUGAAUGGAUUGUCGAGAUUGAGGACGUCACGGAUAAGGCACGUGAGCUAAAGAGAGUAAUCGAUGAGCGGCCAAGCAUCACCGACGAAGAACUGCUGAGCAUGGGUCUGAUAUUCAAGGAGAGGCCGUUCGAGAUGCCAGAAGCAGUUCAUACCAAGCUGGAAAUGACAGAUGUCUCUGUAUAG